CUGAUUUCCAUAUUUCCAUAUAAUAAACUCAAGCCCCCAAUUUCCCGUCUUUUUUUCUUCCCAGACAUUCAAUUCUAGAAUUCUCCAAUGGAUACCACACCCCUCGAUGAGCAAGUUCCCUUGCCCGGCCAGUGGCCAGUAGAUCCUCAGGAGGAUGUUCCCAUCUCCGAGGAUCGCAUUUGGGUAGACGGGUGCUUCGACUUUAGCCACCACGGCCAUGCCGGCGCCAUGCUUCAAGCUCGCCGUUUGGGCAAAGCUCUUGUUGUGGGCAUCCAUUCCGACCAAGCAAUUCUAGAGAACAAGGGACCAACGGUCAUGUCCUUGGAUGAACGCGUCGCAGCCGUCGACGCCUGUCGUUGGGCCACUCAGAGCGUUCCCCAUGCCCCUUACGUGACCUAUUUGCCUUGGGUUUCUCACUACGGUUGCAAGUACGUCGUACACGGCGACGACAUUACAUCCGACAGCGAUGGUAACGAUUGUUACCGAUUCGUGAAAGCAGCGGGUCGCUUCAAGGUUGUGAAAAGAACUCCAGGCAUUUCCACUACCGAUCUUGUCGGCCGCAUGCUCCUUUGCACAAAGAACCACUUCGUCAAGUCCGUUCGAAAGACACUCGCCGGAGAGGAAGGAUCAGGAAGCCCCGAGGAGCGCAAGAAGUUCGCCGAGGAUCUCUUGCAGCGUAUUCAAGAUUAUGCGACUGACGAGAGCGGCCUGCAGUCUGGACCUCAGGUGUGGACAUGGAUAGGUUCCGGAGAAGCCAAGAUCGACAAUGAGGUUGGGGAAGCAGGAUCUUUCGAGUCUCUGGUCGAUGGCAAGGGCCCUAAACCCGGCCAGCGCAUCGUCUAUGUGGAUGGAGGCUUCGACCUGUUCUCGUCCGGCCACAUUGAAUUCCUCCGAAAGGUGACGGAGCUGGAAGAGGCCGAAGGCCGUCAACGAGGCUGGUAUGAGCCGGAGCAGCGGGAGAAGCGACUCCGGGAAUUCAACGAAGAUUAUGCCCCAGCAUAUAUCGUUGCAGGCAUCCAUGACGACGGUGUGAUCAACCACUGGAAGGGAUUGAACUACCCCAUCAUGAACAUCUUCGAGCGUGGCCUUUGCGUUCUUCAGUGCCGCUACAUUAACGCGGUCAUUUUCUCGGCGCCCUUCACCCCCAGUCAGCCAUACCUGGAGGCUAUGCCUCUGGGCACACCGGAUGUUGUCUAUCAUGGGCCUACUACCUUCAUUCCCUUGACAUAUGAUCCGUACAGUGACCCGAAGAAGAUGGGAAUCUUUCAAGAGGUGGACCACCAUGCCUUCCAGCAUGUCAACGCUGGUGAAAUUGUCGGCCGUAUCCUGAAGAGUCGGGAGGCAUACGAGGCUCGGCAGCGGGCUAAGCUGGAGAAGGCCAUUGCCGAGGACUUGGUGAAGUCCAAAGAGCAGGAAUCCUCUGCUUAGACCGACUCUUUUCUGACGUGAUUCUCUCCAGAGCAACACCCAUUUGUGUGAUGGAGUAAAAGUGGAAAUGAAGAAAACCCCCUGAUGCCAGCUAUACAUGUGCUGGGCCUCAUCACCUGGUAUUGUAGGGGGUAGGUACAUAUAAUUAUAUUGUGCAUACUAUAGUGCUUGCAGGCGCUUAAUUCGGCAAUUAAAAAGAGUGAGAUGCUCUCGUCGUCGAGUAUGAGCGUAUCCAAUCUCGUAAAUUCGAGCUCUAGCUGUUCAUGAUUCACCGUCUUAGACCGACGGUUGGCAUAGUCCAUAGAGAUAUGAUCACGUAGGUCGCAAGAGUAGGAGAAGGUAUAUGAAUACUGUAGACAAGCAGAAUCCGACUAAUUUACACGGUGAUACAAAUCACCAAUCCGACAUGGGAAUGAGGCAUCAAUAGUUUUCCAGCCGAAGGCUAAGCGGCCACUUCCAUUUAUUGAUCCGCGGCCACCAGAACACCCUUGCUCUCGAGCAUCUUGGCAAGCUCACCGUUUUGAUGCAUGGACAUCAGGAUAUCGCAUCCGCCAACGAACUCCUUGUCGAGGUACAAUUGGGGAAUGGUCGGCCAGUCCGAGUACUCCUUCACACCUGGAAUGAACGAGAACUGUCAGCUUGCCUGUCAAGCGCACAAACUCGAUCGAUCAACCAUCACUCACCUUGACGCAGCUCAGGGUCCUCCAGCACGUUAAAAGCGACAAACUUCUUGGGGUCCACGCCCUGCAGACCCAGAAUCUGAAUGCUUGCGCGGGAAAAGCCGCACUGGGGAGUCUCGGGGGUACCCUUCAUGAAGAGGACAACGGGCGCUGAGGCCACAGCCUUGUCAAUAGCCGCUUUGGUCUCGGAGGACAGGAGACGGGCGUGGAGAACCGAGGGGAGAGCGAAGGCCGGGGCGCGGACGGCGCUCAGCGACGAGGGCCGCGAGAUCGGGCGGAAAGC